AUGACUACGCGACGCUACCCCUGGUUCUUACUAACCCUGCUUUCCCUCCUGGCAACAGUCGUGCUUUCUUUAGCCACAUCGUCACCGUUUCCGUGCACAGGUGGCUCUAUAUACUUUACUGCCCACACGGUCGACAGCCUGCUGUUCCAGAGCCCCGAUGUCGUUCACGAUCUUUACGUCUUCAAGUGCGUCACUACUGUCGUGUUCGCAGCCGACACUGCGGGCGAGACGGCCAACGACACGCGCAUACGAGAGCUGGAACGUGGUCUUGAAGAUGCUUACAGAUUCAUGUCUGGUUUGUCGCCUGUUGUGGCAGAUGGCACGAGGCCCGUUUCGGACAUGGAAGAGCCGGCCCUAGUUGAGAAUAGCACCACGAUCCCAAUCGGCAGAUACAACGUCUCUGCUUCGCCUCUUCUGGGUCUUUCCAACGUACAAGUCGUCUUUCUUCGUCUCCCAGACAGCACCUACUAUGGGCAAGGAUACAGCGCUUACCACGAAGAGUCGUUGAAGGGUUUGUACAGCGCAGAUAUUUCUCACAUUACGACCACCGACGGCAUGGCUACGUACACGGUCAGAGAUUUGAAGGGCCUCAUUGCCACGAUUCUUCACGAGAGGCGUGCAGAUACCAUCCACGUACUGAAUCACCUGGCGUGUCUCUCGACGGACCAGGACAAUGAGCAGCUCGAACAUGCUGACCGCAUCGUGUCUGCCAAGAUGGUCAUGGACGUAAUCAAAGACGAAAAUAUUGCGGCGGCAGUUCUGGCACAUGGCUGUGAUGAAGUACGCAACCUGAACAGCAACCUCAACACGCCGGAUUACAUCAAGAAGGUCAAUGCGUUUUUCGAGUAUGCUAAGCACGAUCCGAACAUGUGUCAGAGUCUAAAUGAAUGUGGCAAACGACUCGAGAAGUUGGACAAGGCAUCUGGGUUGUACAACGAAGGCGAUUACAUGUACGAAUUUCUAACGUGUUUUAUCAGUAAGCGGCCCACAUCAGUAAGUGGCCCACCCCACCAAACCUGA